AUGUUACGGGGAAUAAAGUUACCAGAUGCUUACCAGAGUAUUGAUAAAAGAAACAACUGGGAUGGUGUCUCCAUUGUAGCAGCAGGUGAUAUUCCAAGUGAUGUUUAUACAAUUCAUCAAAUUGGACCAUUUUUGGCUUUCACUUUUGUUCCACUUAGACAAACAAGAUUUAUAAUAUUCAUGCCACACUAUACACCCUUAUCAGACGGAUCUUUAAAGAAAGAAGUUUCGUUAGUUUUUAAUGACGAUCCUGUAAUACAUCAUAAACUUACAUUUAAGUCACCAGAAGAUAGUGCACAAUUUUUAGUUACUUAUUUCGAAAUGCUUUCACUGACAGAAAAAUUAAUAUCGCGUUUGAAUCCGAAAACAUGCUUUAAAACAGCUGAAAUUGUCAUUGCUUUACCAAAUUCGAAAGUUCCACAGCGAGCGGUUGGUGAAAUCAAAGCCAUUGAUUCUGGCUACGAAUUCGAGAUCAGAGCCUUCUCAGGUAAAACACAGUCUGCAGCUCUCUCAAUAAAACUCACACGAACAGUAUCAUGUUUUCCAUCGAUUAGAAACUCAAUCUUUGGUAAAUUGGAUAACAUUAUUAACACAAUAACAAUAGCACAAACUUACAAAGAUCCAUUUACAGUUAUCAUGUGCGGUGGUCCUGCAGAUGUAAUGUCAUGGAUACUUGCAUUAUAUUCAUUCAGCAGUAACAUUGGGCGUUUUCCAAACAGAAAGAUGGGUUUCCGCAAAGAUGAUGACAUUCAACGUGAUGUAGAAAGAGUUGCUAAAGAUUUCAGAGAUGAAGAAGAAGCUCGUUUGAAGGCUGAAGAAGAAGCUCGUAUUAAAGCUGAAGAAGAAGCCAGACUCAAAGCUGAAGAAGAAGCUAGACUCAAGGCUGAAGAAGAAGCCAGACUCAAAGCUGAAGAAGAAGCCAGACUCAAAGCUGAAGAAGAAGCUAGACUCAAGGCUGAAGAAGAAGCUCGCCUUAAAGCAGAGGAAGAAGCUAGACUCAAGGCUGAAGAAGAAGCCAGAUUAAAGGCAGAGGAAGAAGCCAGACUCAAGGCCGAAGAAGAAGCCAGACUCAAGGCUGAAGAAGAAGCCAGACUCAAGGCCGAAGAAGAAGCCAGACUCAAGGCUGAAGAAGAAGCCAGACUCAAGGCUGAAGAAGAAGCCAGACUGAAAGCAGAGGAAGAAGCUAGACUCAAGGCUGAAGAAGAAGCUAGACUCAAGGCUGAAGAAGAAGCUAGACUCAAGGCUGAAGAAGAAGCUAGACUGAAGGCCGAAGAAGAAGCUCGCCUUAAAGCAGAGGAAGAAGCUCGUUUGAAAGCAGAGGAAGAAGCUCGUUUGAAGGCUGAAGAAGAAGCUCGUAUUAAGGCUGAAGAAGAAGCUCGUUUGAAGGCUGAAGAGGAGGCUCGUUUGAAGGCUGAAGAGGAGGCUCGUUUGAAAGCUGAAGAAGAAGCUCGUUUGAAGGCUGAAGAAGAAGCUCGUUUGAAAGCUGAAGAAGAAGCUCGUUUGAAGGCUGAAGAAGAAGCUCGUUUGAAGGCUGAAGAAGAAGCUCGUUUGAAGGCCGAAGAAGAAGCUCGUUUGAAGGCCGAAGAAGAAGCUCGUUUGAAGGCCGAAGAAGAAGCUCGUUUGAAGGCCGAAGAAGAAGCUCGUUUGAAGGCUGAAGAAGAAGCUCGUUUGAAGGCCGAAGAAGAAGCUCGUUUGAAGGCUGAAGAAGAAGCUCGUUUGAAGGCUGAAGAAGAAGCUCGUUUGAAGGCCGAAGAAGAAGCUCGUUUGAAGGCUGAAGAAGAAGCUCGUUUGAAGGCCGAAGAAGAAGCUCGUUUGAAGGCUGAAGAAGAAGCUCGUUUGAAGGCUGAAGAAGAAGCUCGUUUGAAAGCUGAAGAAGAAGCUCGUUUGAAGGCCGAAGAAGAAGCUCGUUUGAAGGCUGAAGAAGAAGCUCGUUUGAAGGCUGAAGAAGAAGCUCGUUUGAAAGCUGAAGAAGAAGCUCGUUUGAAGGCUGAAGAAGAAGCUCGUUUGAAGGCUGAAGAAGAAGCUCGUUUGAAGGCCGAAGAAGAAGCUCGUUUGAAGGCUGAAGAAGAAGCUCGUUUGAAGGCUGAAGAAGAAGCUCGUUUGAAGGCUGAAGAAGAAGCUCGUUUGAAAGCUGAAGAAGAAGCUCGUUUGAAAGCUGAAGAAGAAGCUCGUUUGAAGGCCGAAGAAGAAGCUCGUUUGAAGGCUGAAGAAGAAGCUCGUUUGAAGGCUGAAGAAGAAGCUCGUUUGAAGGCUGAAGAAGAAGCUCGUUUGAAGGCUGAAGAAGAAGCUCGUUUGAAGGCUGAAGAAGAAGCUCGUUUGAAGGCUGAAGAAGAAGCUCGUUUGAAGGCUGAAGAAGAAGCUCGUUUGAAGGCUGAAGAAGAAGCUCGUUUGAAGGCUGAAGAAGAAGCUCGUUUGAAGGCUGAAGAAGAAGCUCGUUUGAAAGCUGAAGAAGAAGCUCGUUUGAAGGCUGAAGAAGAAGCUCGUUUGAAAGCUGAAGAAGAAGCUCGUUUGAAGGCUGAAGAAGAAGCUCGUUUGAAGGCUGAAGAAGAAGCUCGUUUGAAGGCUGAAGAAGAAGCUCGUUUGAAGGCUGAAGAAGAAGCUCGUUUGAAGGCUGAAGAAGAAGCUCGUUUGAAAGCUGAAGAAGAAGCUCGUUUGAAGGCUGAAGAAGAAGCUCGUUUGAAGGCCGAAGAAGAAGCUCGUUUGAAGGCUGAAGAAGAAGCUCGUUUGAAGGCUGAAGAAGAAGCUCGUUUGAAGGCUGAAGAAGAAGCUCGUUUGAAGGCUGAAGAAGAAGCUCGUUUGAAAGCUGAAGAAGAAGCUCGUUUGAAAGCUGAAGAAGAAGCUCGUUUGAAGGCUGAAGAAGAAGCUCGUUUGAAGGCCGAAGAAGAAGCUCGUUUGAAAGCUGAAGAAGAAGCUCGUUUGAAAGCUGAAGAAGAAGCUCGUUUGAAGGCUGAAGAAGAAGCUCGUUUGAAGGCUGAAGAAGAAGCUCGUUUGAAGGCCGAAGAAGAAGCCAGAUUAAAGGCCGAAGAAGAAGCCAGAUUAAAGGCCGAAGAGGAAGCUAGACUCAAGGCCGAAGAAGAAGCUAGACUCAAGGCCGAAGAAGAAGCUAGACUCAAGGCCGAAGAAGAAGCUCGUUUGAAGGCCGAAGAGGAGGCUCGUUUGAAGGCCGAAGAAGAAGCCAGAUUGAUGACCCAAAAUACAAACAAUGAUGAGAUUUCACUCAAUCAAACGAUGCAAUCUGAACUUCAAGCAAUUUUAGACUCAAUGAAUCCAAAAGAAACACCAAUACUUGAUCUUCAAUUCAGUUUGCCUUCUCCAGAACUAAACUUUGAUGAAGCUGUUUCACUUCUAGAUGACAUCUACCAAUCCUUCCCAGAACCACAGCAGAGAGAACUUUCACCAAUCAGCAUUCAAGAUUCUCUUCAACCAACUUUUGACAGUCCAACCACUUCAUUCACACAAUUUGCAUCAUACAUCAAGUCUCUCAACAAUUGUAUCCAAGAACUCAUCAAAAAUCCAAAUGAUCAAGAACAAGUUUCUGCACUCGUUUCACUUAUCUCCGCUCUCAUUGACAAUGGAAUGAAAGAAACAUCAUCUCCUUCAUCUUUCUUCCCUCAACAUUUCGGAAAAACAUCAUCAGAAAUCGCCAGAAACGCUCUACAAAAACAGUCGGUUUUAGGAGUAAUUUAUUGUUUAGAAUCUGCACAAAAACAUUAUGAAGAAUGGGCAAUUUGCAGAGACUUACAAACAAUGAAUACAAUUAAUGAAAUUUUGUCUCAAUUAGGACCUAUUUUCAUCACAAAUGAACUUCCAAUUGAAGAAAGUAUUUUUGCAAAAUCCAAUUUGUUCCCUCUUUAUAACUUGCACAAAAUUGUUAGACAUGAUAUCAGUUCUGAUGAAAAAUUACUUGAAACAUCAAAUGAGUUUGCAAACGCUAUCAUUCCUGUAGUUAAAAAGAGAUCAGUUCUCGGAUUUGGAUCGGGAGAUUCAUCUGAUUUCAUCAUGGAAGCUUGUGGACAAUCACAUCAGUGGAUAUCUCCUCUGAAAUCGCAGAAGAUUCAAGGAAUAUUCGCUGAAGCCGUGAGAAGAUCUAAACUUGGUGAAAUUAUUAAUGAUUCUAUUCAAAACAAAGCUGCUGUUGAAAAAUGGCUUCAUGAAGAUUCUCCUCUGACUGACAAAGCAAGUGCUGAGUAUAUUAUUCGUGCUGCUAUGUUUUUGUGCCAAAGAUAUAUGCAAUCUAGCGGCUAUUGA